ACACACACACACACACACACACACAUACACACACACAAAUGCAUACACGAACAACGAACAGACCACAGAUACUUCGAUAGUUACACUCAUAAGUUUGGCAGUAAUAUUCGAUCUCUGGCAAAAACAUUUGACAGUCGGCAACAGAAACCAAAACAUUGCAUUAAAAAAUGCGUUCAGUGCAUAGUGCUGCGGAAUGCAGAAAAAACAGCAAAUUGGCGCUCAUAGGAAGAAGAACAAGACCAAAAAUGCAACAGGAGCGUAAUAUGUAAGAAACUGUCUACGCAACCUGUCUACAGGGAUAUUUGUUUCGUCAGUCUAUACUUAUUCAUUUGGGGGAGGUUGACAUACUGAAGUCACAUGAUGCGGCACUCAACCUCCCUGAUCCUAUUGCUGUGGCUGGCAAUGGAUCAACCAAACUAUGUGUCCAUGAUAGAUUUCAGUGGGGUGCUACAGAACGCGAGGUCUGCACUCAACUACCUAGCUUCAGUGAGCUCGCGGUUUCCGCUCAGUGACAUUGAUGCUGAGGAGACACCAGUGGACUCAGAAGCAGUUCAGGUGAGAUCGACAACUGAACUUCCAAAACUGGGUACAGAAGAGGCACUGGCAAUCCGCCUUCUGGACAGUGACACAACAACUGAGCAUUUAGGCCCAACUAUAGAGACACCAAGGAACGGCGACUGGACCACAUCAAACAGCAUCGGUAUGACAAAACAGAUAUUAGCAACAAAACUACCUGUUCAAAAGGUGGAGAGGUCUCCUGACUACAGUUAUACAACGUCUGUGGUUCCAUUAAAAGAGAACCAAAAACUGACACCUCUGAAAUAUGUAACUGAUGAGGACUCAAAGCUGGCUGCUCCUAUUACCAAGACUCCACAGCAGUUCGUCCUUGAAUCUGCUGGUGACCAGGAUUUCAAGGCGACCCUGACAUUUAAAGAGAAUGAAGGAUACUGGCCGACUGAAAGCUACCAGCACGAUGAGGACUAUCCAGAUUUCACUGUGAAAGACACGGACGAAGUCGAGGAUUUAUUACAAGAUCUUUCGGUCUAUAACGAUGAGGAUUUAGAAGAUGAUGACAAGAAGUAUUUCGACCUUACGCUGUUUGAAGAAGGUAUCGGGCACCUUCCGCAGUCUGGUUAGCGGUGCUGCUAGGUUCGUCGGGUUUUAUCCGAAACCGACUGCUGCUGCCACCGCUGCUACGAACACCACAGCUCGUCUGUCAGUCGGUGGGACGCAUCCGACUGCCAGCUCCUCACUGUAGACUGGAUACUGAAAUAAA